AUGAAAUUCAUCAACAACAUCAACAACAUUGACCUCAAAAUUUUCUACAUAAUUGUACUAUGUUUUGCAGUAGAAAACUGCAUGGCUCACGUAUUCUCAGAUCACCCUGCAAACAUUAAUGAGCCGAAGCCUCUGUUCCGUCGUCACCAGGCGAAUCCUCCAAACGCGCAGCCUCCGGCAGAAUCUGCACAUUCACCAUCACCUCAUGAAGCUCCCAUAUCAGAUAUAGAAUUAGAAUCAGAACCAGCAUCAGCACACGGACGCACAUCAUUCGGUCAUUCAUCUUCCUUCAAAGCUGCAUUCUCUGACAUUCUCAAAGGUUCCAUUCGCAAUCCUCCUGUGUCAGCGUCCGAACUCGCCGAAUCAAAACAAAGCAGUCUCGGAAUCGAACAAAUAUGCAUGCACACCGAAUACCCCGACAUUUGUCUCGCAACUAUCAGCCCUCACCUAACUCAAAACUUCGACAUGAUUAAUGUCCUCGAAGCCGCCAUUAAAGCCUGUUCCAUUCAAAUAAAGUUGACAAUAACAAAGGUGGCUAAACAUGCAGCUAGGAAUCCAGAGGUUGCUAAUGCAGUUUUAGAAUGUAAGGAUCAAUACCAAAAUGCAAUGGACAAUCUUCAAAAAGCUAUGGACGCUCUUCCGGCUCGUGAUCUCGGUACCGUUACAGUUAUGCUUAGUACUGUUAUGGCUGAUGUUUCUACCUGUGAAAGUGCUUUUGAGGAUCUUAAACAAUCACCUAACAAUGAACAGUCUAAGACUGAUGGUUUAGUUAGUAUCACUGUUAGCAAUUGUCUCUCAAUUGCUAGUUUGAUUCCCUAUUAA